AUGAUCAGGUUCAUUCUCGUCCAGAACCGACAAGGCAAGACGCGUCUAUCCAAGUGGUACGUGCCCUACGAUGAUGACGAGAAGGUCCGACUGCGCGGAGAGGUACACCGGCUGGUCGCCCCGCGGGACCAGAAGUAUCAGUCGAACUUCGUAGAGUUCCGGAACCACAAGCUCGUAUACCGCCGCUACGCCGGUCUCUUCUUCUGCGUCUGCGUAGAUGCGAACGACAAUGAGCUCGCAUACCUCGAGGCGAUCCACCUCUUCGUUGAGGUCCUCGGCAUAGACUCGUUCUUUGACAAUGUCUGCGAACUGGAUCUAGUCUUCAACUUCUACAAGGUGUACGCUAUCCUCGACGAAGUAUUCCUCGCGGGGGAGAUAGAAGAAACAAGCAAGGACGUCGUCCUAGCACGGCUUGAACAGCUCGAGAAGCUGGAGUAG